AUGAGCAAGCCAAAGACAGCAGUUCCAAGUCUCUCUCCAAGUAAGGAGAUUAUGGAAUUGAAAUCACUAAAGCGCCAGCGAACUGUUGCGAAAAAUAGUAUAGUGCGCAUAAAAACGGCUCUCCUCGAUAAAACAAUAUCGUUAGAUCCAAUUGAAUUGGAGUGUCGACUGGACAUUUUGAACUCUCAUAGCGAUAAGCUUAUGAAGUGUCAGUCGAUAAUUGAAGAAAUCGACGAGGAAGACAUAGCGCGUGGGGAGUUAGAGGACCUAAUAGUGGAAACUAAGUCCGUUAUAAAAUCUAUUCUGGCGAGAAAUAAAUCGUCAAUAGCCGAAACAUCCUUUGUUGCACCUCACAGCUCGCGACUACCGAAAAUGUCGCUACCUAAAUUUAAAGGGGAAUAUUCAGAAUUUAAAAAUUUUAUGAGUCUGUUCGAGAGUUUGGUGCACAACGAUCCUACAAUCCCAGACAUUGAGAAAUUUAAUCACUUGGUUAACUGUCUGUCUGGUGAAGCUUUGGGAACGGUAAAGGCCUUCCAAAUGUCAGACGAAAAUUAUUCGAAGGCGUUGGCUAGUCUCAAAAAAGUUUAUGACAAUAAAUGCUUAAUAUUUUUCGACACAAUUUUCAAACGUUUUGAACUGCCAACUAUCCCAAAGCCAUCUGCGCUUUCAUUGCGCACAAUGAUUGAUACAGUGUCGGCUGUUUACGACUCGUUGCUGUCGUUAGGUGACGAGAAAAACAUCUCAAAUGCUAUCAUAAAUCAUCUAGUAAUGUCAAAAGUUGACACCGUUACUCGGUCAAAGUGGGAGGAACAGUUGGAUUAUGAUAAGCUGCCAUUAUGGCGUGAGUGUGAGGCAGCAUUAAAUAAACGCUACCAACAUUUAUCUGCCGAUGAAGCCUCAACGUCGAGGCUAAAGCCGCCAAGCAGUCACAGCAUUCAGAAACCCCACCUUCAUGCGGGAAGGACAAAAGCUGCUUUAGUGACUUCAAAUAUAAAACAGCCGGUGUGUCCGCACUGUAAAUCAAAUGAUCAUAGUAUACCCGCGUGUCCUACUUUUAAAACUCUCUAUGCUCAGCAGCGAUUUGAGUUUGCUAAAUCAGUCCCCUUAUGCAUAAAUUGUUUGCGAAACGGGCACUCAGUUUCAAAGUGCAAAGCGGAUCGGUUUCGUGUUUGCAACCAUUCGCAUCACACGUUGCUGCACCAGUACCCUGUAUCCUUUGCAACUGCACCACAACUUUCGACCUCGCAUGCCAUGCACACGACGAGUACGCCAGAUAGGGUUAUGUUGGCUACAGCCGUAGUCAACGUAAAAGGUAGCUCCGGAGAGUACCUUACUGCACGAGCCUUGCUGGAUUCUGGAUCUCAGGUGAAUUUCAUGACAGAGGAUUUGGCGCAGAAAUUACGAAUUCGUCGCGAAAUGUGCCCUUCGCCGAAUUUGCCGCUGCGUUAA